GAAUCAUGAAGGUGUGUUCAAAGAAAGGAAAAUCAAGAAAUAACUCUCUGAUUUAAAGACUUCUGAAUGUUUUUGUUUAAUAAUGCACACUCGCAUCAUGCAGUAGACAUGCUUUGCAUAAGUAUCGUUCUGAAAUUUGCAGAUUUCGUCCCAAAAUUUGGUCAGACGAACCGGAUGUUUACAAAAUGACUGGGGGACAUCUCAAAAUGGACUUUUGACAAAAUUCUGACAUAUAUACAGUGAAAAGUAAAUUGGAUGAUGGACAGCUUGCUUUAUGAUGGCACAAUAGAAUACCAAAUCUAUAAUCAGCAAGAGGCAGCAUUGAUGAUGUGUACAGGCAUGCGAUUUGCCAGUGAAGAGGCAACCAAAGCUUUACACUAUACAGAGGGGCUUGAUCGUGAAGCCUGCUGUAAGGAGUUUGCUGUUGCCUGCUACAUUGGCAAUGUCAAGGUGGUUGAAACAUUCAUUGAGCAUUACCAAGAAGAAAAUUCAUGUACCUCAAGGUCUGACAAUGAAUUAAAUGAUUACUUAGAGAGUGAUGUUAGUACUGGCCAUUCAAAACGACCGCAGUCUGUUGUAAAUCAUUACAAUGCAGAUGGAUUGACACCAUUAUUGUUGACGAUCAUUGGUAGCCAUAGAAAUAAACUCAAAAUUUGCCAAACUUUAAUCGAAGCUGGGGCAGAUGUUAAUCAACCCCAACAAUUGUCAAAAGAGAGUCCACUAAUUUGUGCAAUACAGCAAGGAUGUGAUGACAUUGUUGAACUGCUUCUUGACAAUGGAGCGGAUACGCAACUCUGUGAUAAUGUUGGAAUGUCCCCCUUGUAUGUUGCCAUCAGGUGUAGAAAUAUGAAGAUGGUGUGUGCCCUUAUAAAAGCAGACUGUGAUGUGAACAUUGGAAGUCAAGAUCAUACGCCGUUGUUUCUAGCCACUAGGACAGGACAGCUUAAGAUAGUAGAGCUGCUUUGUGAAUCCGGCUGUGACGUCCAUGUUAAGAACAAGUACGGUGUCAGUCAUGUUUAUGAGGCUGCUUUAUGUGGUCAUGUGGAUGUUUUAAGGUACUUGUUAGAUCAGCGAUGCACUGUCAACGACCAAGACAUGUACAACCAGUCACCGCUCCAUGUUGCCGUGAUCAAGGGACAUCACUCUUGCACAAAGAUCCUUGUUGAAGCUGGAGCUAACUGGCGUCUUCGCAACUACAAUCGAGAGGCAGCCUUGGAUUUGGCAUUGAAACUGGGACGGUCUGAAAUUGUUGAGUAUUUUUUUGAGGAAGGACUUGACAUACUACCAAGAGGGGCUAACCCCCAAGGCUUGGUUGGUUUGGUGUCAGUGUUUGAGCAUGGUCACACAUCAACUCUGGAGGUCUUACUUCGUGGCUGUGCAAGGCUUCCUAUACUUCACUGUGUCGGGGUUCUUCCGAUAUUCAGGAACAAUGCACAUCUCAUGAAGUUGCUGUUACAUUCUGGGAUACAGACAGUACCUUCAAUGCUAUUGGCCAGAGAUACCCACACUGAAUGUAAGGAGAUUUCUGAUUGGCUGAAAGAAUUCAAGCACAAUUCAAGAUCCCUCAAGGACAUGUGUAGAAUACGGAUUCGCCGUUGCCUUGGAAACAAAAUCCUUUAUAGUGUUAAACAGUUGGAACUUCCAAAUGAACUUAAGCAAUAUGUUACAUUAAGAAUUUUAUGAUUUUUUAGGUAAGCACAUGUAGAUUUUGUAAGUUUUAUGACUUUUGUAUAUUUUUUGUCUGUUGUUGAUAAGUUAUUAAUGACAAAACUUUUAAAAGAUCAUUUUAAGUUUUAACAUGACAGUUUCUUUAUAUCAGAAUUUUACAUAUUUUAGCUUGUCUGUUUUGUAUUCAUAAGAAAACAGCCUUGUCAGCUUUUGAAAGAAACAAAAUCAAGACAUUGUGACUGUUCUCUUUUUAAUCUUCGUCAUAUGACAUAAUGCAGUCUUAAACUCUCUUCAUAAUUAAAUAGUUUAAUCAUUUAAGGGGUUUCAAUGAAACUUUGUACACAUGUUGCUGCUAGAGUUAGCGCGCUCUUAUUGCUACAAUACCCGGUACUUUUUUUAAUUAUGCCUCUUUUUGACUGGAGACAAAUGACACAACCAUAAACAAGCUUUGGGAGUGUGUCUUUUUCUCAUACAGCUUAAUGCGAAGACAUCUGAAAAAAGAAAUUCAGUUAUAUAUAAAAUCAAUAAUAAACAAAUCAUCAAUAAUUCAUAUACAUUUUUCACUACUAUCAUAUCAUAAUUUAACUAGUCAAGAAUUGUUACUGUACUCUGUUUAUUUUGAUAUCUGUAUGUUAUUCUUUUUUAUGUUGAAAUGAGUUUCAAAUAUUGUUGCAGAUGAAUAGUCUCAUCAAGCUUAUUUUGUUUCUAUGCUAUUAAUAAGGACUCAUACUAUUGUCUUUCAUGGCAGGCAUUUGUUUUUCUUAUUCAUGGUAAUUAUUACUAAUUAAUGACACACACGUUUUUGAUAUAGCAUUUAAGAUUGGAUUUUAGCUUGACUGUUUUCGUUAUUUUAUACUAGAGAGAAUGUUGAUGUGUGUUAGACCAAUGAUGUCAUAAAUAGCGGUAGGAUUAUAAUGAUAGUUUUUAUGAUAGUUUGUCUGGUUAGCGCAUGCUUUUCUCACCAAGGCACCCGGGUUUAAUUCAUGGCCAUAAAAAUAUAAAUUACCUAAAGUUGGUCAUGACCAAUCAAUAACUUGAGAAGCCUUUGUAAAAUCAUUACCAAAUGUGGUCACAAUGUGUAUGGGUUUAAUAUCUUGGACAAGUUUGAUAACCAGCCAUAUCACCCUAUUCAUUAAGAGUUAUCGCCCUUUUAUUAUAGAAAUUACAUAAAAUUAGUCUUGUCCGAUCUUUAACUGAUAAAGUCUUUGUUGAAUCAACACCAAAUUUGGUCAGAAUGUGCAUGGGUAUAAUACCUUGGAUGAUUUCUAUAACUCGCACCCAAGAGUUUUUGCCCUUUAACUAUAGAAAUUACCUAAAAAUGUCCAAUCAAUAAUUUUAUAAGCAUUUAUUUUUUAGAACGAAAUUAUUACACAAAUGAUGGAUCUAUUUAACUUGAGCACUAAUUUUUACAGAUUGCUGUAUUUUUUUUUAUAAAAUGUUAUAAUUUGCUAUGCUGACAUUAAUCAUAUGCUAGUCAUUAGAAGUCUGCUGGUUAGUUACACUAUUAAACUACUAAUAAAUCAAUACUGAGCUUCAUUUGAUAAAAUAUAUUUCUAUUGCAUAUCUAGGCUUAAACACAUAAUUGGGUCAUGUUUUCAACUUAGAGUUAUUUUUCAGCGAGCGUACACAAAUUUUCGUAAAAGUCGAGCAUUUCAAUUUAUAUUUUAUCGUGAGUAUCACAAAUCAAUUGGAGUUCUUUUUUCAACAGGCUUACACAAAAUUUCGUAAAAUCAAGCAUUUCAAUUUAUAUUUUAUCGUGAGUAUCACAAAUCAAUUGGAGUAAUUUUUUCAAUCAGCAUUCACACAAUUUUCUAAAAUCAAGCAUUUCAAAUUAUUCUUCAUCGUGAGUAUCACAAAUCAAUUGGAGUCAUUUUAUUAAGGAAUGUCUGACAAAAUAGUUGUUAAACUUAGCACUUUAGUUCAAUAUAUAGUAAGUGUUACAAAUCAGUUUAUAACUUGAACUUGCAAAAAUCAAAUAAACAUUUCCUAUACUGACCAGAAGGGUCAUAGUUUUAAAUCAGAUAUUAUGACUACUUGAAAACAUCAACGAGAACAUGCUAUUGUACCAUACUUGAUGUUGUGUCUGUAAAAUGGCCCUUGUUUGUUUUAAAUUAAGUUUUAGUGAAGUUAGCCAUGUUUUUGUUGAAGCAUUUAAGUGGCAUUUAUUUAAGAUAUACGGUUGCAUUCUGGGAUUUUCGGACAACGUCAAUUUUUAUGACAAAAAUGAUUUAUUGACAUAUGAUUCUAGUUCGGGGCUGUUCCAUUUAAACAUAUAACCCUCGGGGGGAAGGCACUUAUAAAUUAUGCCACCCCACGUACAGAAGCAGAUUUACCCUUUUGGGGUCCAAAUUAGCGAAAACAGACACCUUUCCAAGACAAAAAAGGUGUAAAAAUGGUAUAUCUGUGAGAGUGCAGCUUUUAAGCAUAAGUGAAACAUUUUACAUAACAUGCUUCUGCUUUUGUCAUAAAAUGCAAUAUUGUUUAUGCACAAUUUUGAUAUUGUAAAACGUUGUUUGUAGAUAAACGUAAUUGUUACUGAAUAAAAAGA